AUGAACUGGAGUGUGUUUGAAGGGCUCCUCAGCGGGGUCAACAAGUACUCCACAGCCUUCGGCCGCAUCUGGCUCUCCCUCGUCUUCAUCUUCCGCUUGCUGGUCUACGUGGUGGCGGCCGAGCGGGUCUGGAGCGACGACCACAAGGACUUUGACUGCAACACACAGCAGCCAGGCUGCACCAACGUCUGCUUCGACCACUUCUUCCCUGUCUCCCACAUCCGCCUCUGGGCCCUGCAGCUCAUCCUGGUGACCUGUCCGUCCCUCCUGGUCAUCAUGCACGUGGCCUAUCGGGAGGCCAAAGAGCAGAGGCACCGUGCUGCUUGUGGGGAUGACUACCACUGCAUCUACCCCAACCCCGGCAAGAAGCGAGGGGGGCUCUGGUGGACCUACCUGCUCAGCCUCGUCUUCAAGGCUGGCGUGGACGUGGUCUUCCUCUACAUCUUCUACCGCUUCUACAGGAACUACACCCUGCCCCGGCUGGUGAAAUGCGAGCUGCCACCCUGCCCCAACGUGGUGGACUGCUUCAUCUCCCGGCCCACC